AUGGCUUUCAACAGCUACAUUCUUCUCUUUUUUGCCCUCGUGGCGGCCCAUUUCCGGUGCGGCCUCACCAACAGCCCGUACAGUCAUCCGCACUUUGCCGGCAACCGCUCGGUGAUUGUUCACCUAAUGCAGUGGAAGUUUGUGGACAUUGCCGCCGAGUGCGAGCGCUUCCUCGGACCCUUUGGCUACGGAGGCAUUCAGCUGAGUCCGGUGAAUGAGCACGCGGUGCUCGGCAACCGACCCUGGUACGAACUUUACCAGCCGGUCAGCUACCGAAUUAUAUCGAGAAGCGGAAAUGAGGCCGAGUUUAAGGACAUGGUGCAUCGUUGCAACAAAGCUGGCGUCAGAAUCUACGUGGACGCGGUGCUUAACCACAUGACCGGAGCGCAGGAAGGCUCUGGAACCGCUGGCUCUCACUACAAUGGCAACUCAAUGCAGUACCCAGGCGUGCCCUUUGGCCCCAACGACUUCCACGGCCACGAAUCGUGUCCCACCAGUGACUUGGAGAUCCACAACUACGACAAUGCGCAGGAGGCUCGAAACUGCCGUCUCUCUGGACUUCGUGACCUGAAGCAGUCCAGCGAGUACGUGCGCACCAAGCAGGCAGAGUUUCUCAACAAGCUAAUUGACGCCGGUGUAGCCGGCUUCCGAUUCGACGCCUCGAAGCACAUGUGGCCAGGAGAUCUGGAGGCCAUCUACGGAAAGCUGCACAGCCUCAAUACCGCUUACUUUCCCUCAAACAGCAAACCGUUUGUCUACCACGAAGUAAUUUAUUACGGUGGAAAUGGCAUCAAGUCAUCAGAGUACACUCGGCUUGGCCGCGCUAUCGAGUUUCACUACUACCGAGAGCUGGCCAACGUGCUUCGACACCAUAAUCAGCUUAAAUGGCUGAAAACAUUUGGCCAAAACUGGUCAAUGGUUCCGUCUGAUGAUGCUUUGGUGAUGGUAGACAGCCACGAUAUGCAGCGAGGCCACACAGGCACUUUAGGCCUCAACAUCAACUUCUUUGAGCCCAAACUGUUGAAGGUGGCCACUGCUUUCAUGCUGGCCUGGCCUUAUGGCGUCACCCGAGUGAUGAGCAGCUACCACUGGAACCAGAAGAUUCAGAACGGCCAUGAUGUGAACGACUGGAUGGGCCCACCUUCUGACUCGCAUGGAAACAUUCUCAGCGUGAAGCCCAAUGCCGAUCUUACCUGCAACAAGGAGUGGGUCUGCGAGCACCGCUGGCGUCAGAUCUACAACAUGGUGGCAUUCCGAAACAUUGCCGGCUCAGAGCCGGUGACUCACUGGUGGGACAACGGCGAUUACGAGAUUGCCUUCAGCAGAGGAAACAAGGCCUUUAUUGCGCUCAACCUGCAGCCCGGACAAACGCUUCAUCGAACACUGCAGACCGGCCUUCCUAAGGGCGAAUACUGCGAUUUAGUCACUGGAAACUUGAAAGAUGGAAAGUGCACUGGCAAAACCGUUCAUGUCGACCAGUCUGGCAAUGCUGAAAUUACCAUCAAUUCCAGCUCUGAUGAUGAUUUUGUGGCAAUUCACGUGCAUGCCAAGCAUUAA